UGCCUCAGGCCAGCAGUAAUUUGAUUAAUCCACCAAAAGGGUAGCUAGACGGGUGGGGCUGAACAGCUAUUGAAAAGAUGGAGAUUUUUGUCUUUUUAUUCUCAUUUUCUGCCCUUGGCAUCCUCUACGUCAUGAACACCAUCCCUGAGCUUCAAGAGCCUCAUGUGAUCCUGGAGAUUGGUGUUGCUGUGUUGGUGAUUGUGUUUCUGUUCUACUUCCUCAUCACUCGUGGCAACCCACCUAAAGACCUCUUAUUCUUUGUUUUUGCUGAAUUUUCUUUUACGUGUAUCAUUGACCUGAUAAGUGCACUGGAAUAUGAUGGCAUUAUUUCUGGCUUCAUGGAGUUUUACCAAAAGACGGGAGAGCCCUACCUGGGGACAUCAUAUGGCAUCAUGAUGUGUUACUGGGAUGGAAUAGCACACUUUAUCAUGUACCUGAUGAUGAUCAGCAGAAUAACAGACAGGAAAGCCUACCGCACACUGGGCCUGUUCUGGGCUGGCUCUUUGUGUGCCAACAUGAGUGUGUUUAUUGUCGGGAUAGUGGCAGGUAAAUAUGGGUCAGAGAUCCAUCCAGCCUUCUGGCUCAAUUUUCUCUUUCUUUUGAUGCCUGUGUUGGGAGCAAUCACACUAUUCACUCGGCCCAAGGAUAGACCACUCAUUGGUGGAUACAAUGCUCAGCAUGCUCAGAGCCUGAAGCUGAUCUGGCGUCCUUUGGACAUGAUCCUGGUGGUGCUCCUGUUAGCUGCCAUGGCCUUCACCAUCCUGAGAGGCUUGGUGGCUCUGGACUCCCCACUUGAAGCCUGUACCAUGUACCUGAAGCAGUAUGAACCUUACCUGAAGGAUCCUGUGGGCUACCCCAGAGUGAUGAUGCUGCACCUGUUCUUUUAUGCACUACCCCUGCUGGGUGCUUUUGUUUAUGGUCUCCUCAAGCCUGGGUGCACAUGGAUGCCAGACUGGACGAUCUUUCUUGCUGGAGCUAUGAUCCAGUGCCAGUGGUCCCACAUCGGGGGAUUCCUCCACCCUCGCACCACAGCUCCAUAUCGCAUCCCAAAUGAAGCUUUCUGGUUGGUGCUGGCAGUUAACUUGCUCUAUGCAGCCACUCCCAUCCUGGUGGUCCUGCGGGUCCAGAGCAACCCAUAUUUCUUCCUGAAAAUUGCUCCCUUCCCUGGGCAAACAGGUUUACCAAUCAGCGAAGAGAAAGACACCAAGUAUAAACUUAAAUGAUAAUCUUUAAUCUUCUCUGACCUUUGGAGGUAAUGAUUUAUGAAGAACUGUUUUGUUUCAAAAACCAUGUUCCAAAAGGCUAAAAUACAAUGUUAUGUUGCUGAAA